AUGAAGAAAAAAUCCAAUUCAGAAACAUCUGAUAAACGACAACGAGACACGGAUCAAAGUUCUGUGUUAGAUUCUAUUUCAAAUGAUAUCAAAGAGAGUGUUGCAAAUUCGUUGAAAGGCGUGCCAGAAGUGAAAGCGUACGUUACAACUUUGAAUAAAUACAAACAACAUAUGUCAGGGAAACCAUCAAAAUUGGAGUAUGGAGUUCCACUUAUCGUUGAACCUCUAACAAUGCAUGACGUUGGUCAUAUUGUAAAUGAUGCGUUUAGAGAUUAUUUGUGUCGUGAACUUCCUGGGAACAAGAGAAAACUAUUUAACUCACUGGAGCUCAAAGAACAUUUGUCGUUGAUUGAAGACAUCCGGUGUGCGGAAAAAGACGUGAUGGAAGUUCAAGAGCGUCUUUUAAGGGUUGACGACAAAGGUGAUUGGAUCGAACUGAAGCCAAGGAACGUUGAAAAUUACUCGCUUCUGUGUCCACGGAUGUUCGUCUUCAAUGCGAACGGAAAAAAAGGAGUUAACAACACAAAAUUGAACCACUGGACGUACAUUUUGAAACUUAUAUUAAUCGUUUGGAAAACGGAGACGAUACGUCAAUACAUAAUAUUGUGUGGAUACGACGUCCUCUUAAUAUUGUAUAAAAAUUCUUUUUUUCAGAAAACAGUUAUCAUUACAAAUGCAGGGAAAAAAACGAUACCAUUCAAAUUAUUAACAAGCAACUUAUGGUUACACUACGAUUACAACCCUAGAUGUCCGCUUGCACCAGGUAUGAACGCCAAACUCAUUAUAACAUUUAAAUGUACGUCGAUGGAAGAUAAAUACGAACUGAUAUCACUAAUGACGGCAGAUAAUAAAAAAACUAACAUUCUCGUCGGCGCGGUAAACGCGUCACCGAUACUUCACUAUUUUCUAGAGUGUUAUGAUGACAUGAAAACCAAGGACUGUAAAAAACUAUCUCUUCGAAAACCAUCAAGUGUCUGCUUGUUCGAGUGCAACGCUUGUCUGGUGGGUGCUCGUAAGACCAUGAUCAUCAAGAUAAAAAACGUUGGACGAUCAUCCAAAUUUAUUUUAGUUUCCGAAAACGUAUGGUACACAAAAUCAGUUGAAGACGUUGAAUGGAAACGAACAUUGAUUUUAGGUGCAUUUACAAUCACACCGUCAAUAUUCGAGAUUGAUUUUGAUCAGACAAUAGAACUCACUGUUGUAUUCGAGCCACGUUUGUCGUCAUUUUACUGUACCAGAUUUAUAAUCGUGUCGGACAAUUCGUGCGCGCAAGAAGUGAACGUGUUUGGCGAUGGUCAGAUGUUUGGCGCUCGGAGCAUACGACUCACGGUAAGAAGUCGGACGGGCUGCGGCGGGCAGGGAAAACGAAACAGCUACAAAACUACCUAACCA